AUGACUGAAUUAGGCGUACGACCAGCCGUGCCAACUGAAGGUGAAGAGAUUGGCUUACAUGUAAUCUUAGCGGGUUACCUUUUUCUAUUUGGGAUUUCUAUUGGGAAAACUUAUAGAAGCUUCAAAUCCUUAGGAGAUGCUGGCUUUGUAGGGCUGAAACUAUACUAUUUUAUCAUCAUUUUUAUCCUCUUUCGUAAGCUAUAAUCAGUGAGGAUCCUUUCCUUAUUACGCUUAGAUUUUGCUUAUUCUUUAUUUAUUUACUCGAUUUUCGACUGCUUAAGCUGUGCAACUUUAACCCUUUUAGGAACAACAUUUUGCUUAUUAUGGGUUGAAAUGUAUAUCAGCACCAGCAUGGUACUUACAGAUCAACAGAAAAAUCUUGGAAAUAGAUUAGCCUUGCUAGGAUAUGCAUAGCUUCUACAUUUUUUUUGCUCUCCUUUGAUACCAAAAGAGUAGGGAUCAAAACCUUUAGCUUGGUAAGCCAAAAUAAAACAGUAAGAGCUUAUAAAAGCAGCUUAGUCUAGCAAUUCCAUUUUGGAUUGCAAGUAAAUAAUUUAAAAAAUGUUGUGAGCCCGGCACUCUUUUGGAGCAUAAUAGGCGAAAAGAGUGCAGGUGCUAUAAUUAUCAAUUUCAUAAAUUAUUCGACUCAUAUCUACGUUGUGGUAGAUUCUUAUUUCCAUGUUCAUGCACUUAUAUAUGACACUAUAUGGGAAAAUCUAAUGAUUCCGAAUAUUAUUUUUUCAUUUAUCACUGUUAUAGGGCUCUCCAUGUCAGGAAGAUAUUUAUCUAAUCACAUUAUUGAUGUGUAUCCAUCUUCAAUGGGAGAAAAAAUAUCUUUAAGAAUUAGAUUUGUAUCAUUGCUAUUGUGCAUUGCUUUCUUUGUCAAAUCAAUAGCUCCAUUUGCUUUAUUGUUAUAUAGUCCCUGAAAAUAUUUUAGAUCAUUAUUGACACCAUUUUAAUUUUCAAAAUUAAUUUGUACUUGCCAGCAUUUUUGAAAAAUGCAAACGAAAAUGACAAAUCUCCAUAUAUGGUUUAAGAUGCCUAAUCAGACUUAGACUGUGUAAGGCAGAUGUCCUGGACCAUAUUUUUUUUCUGGUAGUAUUCUGCUGGGACAUAGUGAUCUAUUAUGGUGCAUAAAUUAUAUAUUAUGAUGGUCCUUUUGCCAAUUCUCAGGUUUUUUGGUAAAAAUUAUGUAGGAUGAUUUUGGUAAUAUUUUAUUAUGGAGCAAUUGAAAUAUCUCCUAUAUGUGUCGUCUUGUUUACGCUUAAUAAUAAAACUACAAGUGAUGAGGAUGAUCAAGAAUCACUUCCUGAUGGGCUUUUGUUUAAUUCAGAUAACUCUCAUGAUAUAUUUGACUCUAAAGUUCAAUUGUCAGAACAUCUACUUAAUAAAGGGUCAACUAGUUAUACAGCUUAA